GUCUGCGAUACGCAACAAUGACCACUGCAGCUUGGAACGCGACCAAAGCGACGCCGGCACUUAAUUUCACAAAACCAAAGCCGCCCACGACCAAAAUGCCACUAUCCCUGCCGCCAUGCCCGCUCAAGUGCACCAAAGAUUUGACUCUCUUUAAAGCGGAUAACAAAACUUUGGAGGAUCCUAUCGUGCACGGUUUUUGGGAAACUGCUUGCGGAGAACAACUUCUGUUUGGAAAAUUCUUAGCAAAUUGGCAGCAGAAUUAUGACAUGUGCUGCAAAUUAGGAAUGGAGCCUAUAACUUUGGAUUCUCCGGCAAAAGCUUCUUGCAUGAAAUCUUUCGUUAAUGGCAACAAUUGGAAAUACAACACUCGUUACUGGACCUCUGGCGUCCGAAAGAAGAUCGGUGGCUCGUUCCUUUGGUGCAAAAACACCUCUGCGCCUUUUCCAACCAACAUGUGGGGCUUUUCCUCGCCAAACACCAUCAUCAACGGAAGUGGAAACUGCGCGCAAAUGCAAAUCGUCAAGGGAAACAGUUCAAUCCUACUCGAAGACAAAACCUGCACUUUUUUAAGUGCAUUCGCUUGCCAAGGACCGACGACCCCAAAACCAGCUUGUGAAGCGCCUACUUGUCCGAUUGUUCCAUGCGUAAAAAACUCAGUUUAUUUCAAAUAUCUGGCAGAUGAUUAUUCAACACUCUAUAAUGUGUCAUCAUAUGGAACUACCGUAGAAGUUUCCAACAGGCUUUUCUUAUUUCCGAAGCCUAUAUUUACAAGAUCGUUCAACGACGCGAUUUCUUAUUGCUGUGAAUUCGGACUAUCGUUGGUCAGCAUGCACAAAGAUUUCAUGUUUGACGCCGUCGCCAAGGCUUUCAAUGCAACAAGUAAUUCCGCAAUCGCAAGUGGCUUAUUCUGGACGUCUGGCACGGACAUGGGUUGCGAAGAUUUCUUUGGCUUCUGCACCACCAACCGACUUGUACGCGGAGAGGCGAGGUGGGCGGUUAAUCAACCGGAUAACGCCAACAAUAGUGAAAACUGCCUCGCUCUCGAGAUCAACGGUGGCAUUGCUUUGUUGAGAGACGAAAACUGCGACAAGAAAUUUAGAGUCAUUUGCGAGGGGAGACCUCCGUCGACUGGAAUGAAAUCUGUUGAGGAAGAGUGUGCCUUGGAGUACGGCUUGAUUAAAGAACAAAUUGAUAAAAUGCAAAACGCGACUUCAUACACGCCACCGGAAAAAUGUUUCCUAAAGUGUUUUGGAGAAGGAACUGAAUUGUACAUUAAUGACAUCAUCAUGCUGGAAAAAAUCAUCGCCCAAUUCGGUGCGAUCGCCGGCAAUGACGUGAAUCGUCUCAUGGACGCUUACUCGACCCUAGAUUAUUGCUCAAACUUAACAAGGGGAAUGGACGUGUGUGACAAGAUUUCGGCCAUGGCUCUGUGCGGCCAGCAGAAUUCACCUGACAUCGUCAACAGUUUGAUUGAAGCUUUAGAACUCACCCUUGCGCCGCCUCCGUUCAUGCGUGAGGUAGUGACCGACGCUGUUUGCCCUGAUUUCGGUUGCUUCAUUGACGAAGAGAAGAAAAUAACCUUCGACGCCCUUCCUCCAAGCGGGGGAUUUAAUUACCCAAACGUCGAAAUCUACCAAAAGAGCACUGCUUGCGGGAAGAAAUUUUUAUUCAUGUAUUCGGUGGCUGCUUUGACGCACGCUCAAGCUUUCGCCAAGUGUUGUCAGUACGGUCUGCGUCUUGCCACUGUCGAAACUCCGGCUAAAUUGAGCUGCAUGAGAACGGCAGGAGUGGAGAACACAUUCGGGCAGAUCAACCUCUAUUACAUGGUGGCCGCUUCCAGACUCGCCAAACUCGGUUCGCCAAGGUGGUGCUUUUCAAACACAACAUUUGACCCGACGUUUGCUGCUCCGUUUUCGAACGAUACAAAUCCUCUACUUUUCGUGAUCCAAAUGCACUUCCGAGGCGUAAUUCUACCACCAACAAGAGCAUGGUCAGUUAGCAGCAAUUAUCUCGCCUGCGAAAGCGUUUAUUAAAAAGUAGGCAAACAAAAUAUAAAUUUGAAAUAAUUUGCAGAAAAGUAUUUAAAUAAACGGUAAUUGGUGUAAGAAAAUGUUAUUUCAUAUUUUAAAAACAAUUAAACCGCCCUUUUUUUAAUAAAUAUUCAACGGGGGGGAAAUUGAGCCCCUGAAAUUUUCAGAGUAUGCAACUAGCAACACAAACGUAGCGUGCAGGUUGCAUAAACUUAUAAUUUUUUAUCAGCAUUUCAUUAUAAUGGAUAGCCUAAUUAUGAAAAUUACCUUUAUAAAUAAAUUUUGUGAGUAAAAACUUCUGAAAAUUUGUCAAAAUAUUUGACCAGAUUAAGAAACACAAUUUGUAGUUUAAAUUGUUAUUUUAUUUUAAGUCGGCUUACAAAUAUUAAGUUUUCUUUGUAAAACAUUGGCAAUAAUUAAAAGAGAUGUCUGUGGUUGCUUGUGUGAGAAGCGAAAAAUUAUCCGAGGCCAAACAUACAUCAUAAUCUCUCUCUAUAUGAUCAGUGAUUUUGGUGCGGCCGUAUUAGGAUAAAUAUAUAUGAGAUUGCAGAAUCAAUAGUGAAAAAUAAAUAUCAACAUUUCGUCUUGAUAAAAUUAAACGGACUAGUUAAUUGCUCGAAGCAGGUUCAAUUCCAAGAUCACUUUCGAAACUCUCCACCUGAUCACUGUCGCUGCUCAGGCCGUCACCGUGGCCGCCGACAAAGUCUUCCGGCAGCACAGCCGCGCCUUCCUCCUCAGUUAAGCUGCCUGUCAUUGCGACCCUGGCAUACUCAUCUGUAUCAAUCGACUUGCAGAAGUGGAUGGCGUACUUCAGUUUUUCUUUCAAUACCAUCUGAAAUAAAUGCAGAAUAGAUCAAUCUACCUAAAUUUUGAAAAAAAAAAAUUCAUUUACCUUGCAAG